UGGAUAUAUCACUGGAUCCUGAAACACACAGUUUUCAUCUUAUUGUGCCUGAAGAUUUUAAGUAUUUAAAGUAUGAACCUGACUCACAAGACCAGCCUGACAAACAAGAAGACUAUUUUGUUACUGUGUUGGGGGCUCAGACCUUUACCAGUGGAACACACUACUGGGAAGUAGAUGUGGAAGGUCAGACAGAGUGGGUACUAGGAAUUUGUGAAGAUUCAGUCAGCAAAAAUGGGAAUGUCUCCAUAUUAUUUGAGGAUGUAAGAGCUAUAAUAGGUUUAAAAGAUGAAAAUGAAAUGCUUUUCUGGAGAUCAUCAGAUUUCUUUUAUAAGAUGCCUACAAAUAAGGUGGGCAUUUUACUUAACUAUGAGGAGGGCAAUGUUUCAUUUUAUGAUAUGAAAAACAGAUGUGUUCUCUUUAGUUUCCCAAAUUCAGCUUUUCAAGGGCCUGUUCGCCCUUUCUUCUCUACUUCUCUUUUGAAUAAAGGAAAUACCUCUUAAUCACUCAUUACCUACCCCAACAAUACUCUGAAGACAGAUGGUAAAUUACUGUUAGAGACAAUGAAUGAGACUUAAAUGAAAUGAUAAUGAAC